GAGAUUGUGAGAGAGAGAGAGAGGGAGAGAGGGAGGGACGGAGGAGAAAAAAAAAUUGGUCACAUUUCUCAGACACCUGAAAACGUGCUGGUUAUUUUAGGACGCGUGUUGCUCAUUGAUGAGUGUGUGUGUGUAGAGAGAGAGAGAGAGAGAGUGUGAGAGAGAGAGAGAGAGAGAGAGAGAGAGAGAGAGAGAGAGAGAGAGAGAGAGAGAGAGAGAGAGAGAGAAGCUUAUACCACUUCCACUCCGGUCAUGUUGUGAUUGUGACUACGUGUGAAGCAGCUGAGAGCUCCGGGACCCUCUGUGAGUCAGACGCGUUCCGCAGGGAUCCCUCUCAAUAACAGAUCCUUUUCAACAUUUCUUUUUUUUUUGCACACACACACAUUUCUUCUACUUUGCUAUUUUUGGAGUCUUUGGCUGGGUGCUUACACCCCCCACUGUCCUAUGCGCGCUCCUGGUUCUCGGAGAUUUUGGAUACGCGCUCUGUGCCUGGGCGGUUCAUGACCCUUUCACCUGUGUCAACGUGACUCCUCGGUGGUGACACGCAGCAGCAGCAGCAGCAGCAGCAGGGAUCGGUCCAGCAUUAGAAGCAGCUCACGAUCCAACACCACGGACCCGGAGAGCAGCCUCGACCCAGCGGAGAACAUGGAGAACAGCCCCGGUGGUGGUGUCAUCUUAUACGCCGGCUCAUCUGGCAGUGCCAGCCCGAGUCCUGGCAGCCCAUCAAGCGGAUACCAGACCCAGUCGCCCUCCUCCCACUCGCAGCCCUCGUCCCCGGAGAGUAUCUUCUUUCAGGAGAUUGGGGCCCCGAGGCAGAGAGGCGAACAAGGGGGAGGAACCCCUUCCCCGAAAAUGGUCUUCCAGUUUCCCGAAGUAAACACUGCUCCAGUUGCCCAAGUUACGACGGUCUCAUCGGCGACUUACGGCCAACCCACGGUGGCCAAAAGACCUUGUGGUUUCACCGGCACGUUCACCAAAACUGGAGGAAUGGUGCUUCUGUGUAAGGUGUGUGGAGACAUCGCAUCCGGGUUCCACUACGGUGUGCACGCCUGCGAGGGCUGCAAGGGUUUCUUCAGACGCAGCAUCCAGCAGAACAUCCACUACAAGAUGUGUGUGAAGAAUGAAAACUGCCUCAUCAUGCGCAUGAACCGAAACCGGUGCCAACACUGCCGCUUUAAGAAGUGUCUGUCCGUGGGCAUGUCCAGAGAUGCUGUGCGUUUCGGGCGUAUUCCCAAGCGGGAGAAGCAGCGACUGUUGGACGAGAUGCAGAGCUACAUGAACAGCCUCAACGAGUCGGCUUCCAUGGAGAUGGAGGUGUCCCCUCCCGGCGACGCCCUCGCCACGGCCAACGAAGGCCCCGUGUCACAGUCUUACCAGGUGGGCCUGACGAGCGUGGACGAGAAACCUCUCAAGAUGGCGUCCCACAACAGCAACGUCUGCCCGUCCUCCUAUCAGAGCGGCUCGCUGCAGGAGCCCGCCCAGUCGCACCAGUCCUCCCAGCACACGGCUCACGGGACGUCGAGCUACCGCGUGCCCACCAACUGCCCCAGUGCCUCCACCACCAAUGAGAACUCCACCCACACUAACAUGGACAAUGCCAAGUACACGUACUCCUCCAAUCAGAAUCAGUGCCCCGUCAGUGGCCACCUAUCACAUCAGUCCUACUCAGCCAAUCAGAACAGUUUUCCAGCCAAUGAUUCCCAGAACCAGAACGCCUGCCCCUGGAAGCUGAGCGGAGGCGCCAAAGUGCUGGCGUGUCCACUCAACUCGUGUCCUGUGGCUCCAGCCAGUCGCUCCAGUCAGGAGGUGUGGGAGUCCUUCUCCCAGUGCUUCACCCCCGCUGUCAAAGAGGUUGUGGAGUUUGCAAAGAGCAUCCCGGGCUUCCAGACCCUCAGCCAGCACGAUCAGGUCAUGCUGCUCAAAUCUGGCACCUUCCAGGUUCUGAUGGUGAGGUUCUGCUCCCUGUUUGACCCCAAGGAGAGGACAGUCACCUUCCUCAACGGACAGACCUACUCCCUGGCGUCCCUGAGGGCCCUCGGCAUGGGCACCCUACUGGACGCCAUGUUCGAUUUCAGCGAGAAGCUGGGAUAUCUGGGUCUGGAGCCGGAUGAGAUGGCUCUGUUCAUGGCCGUCGUGCUCGUGUCAGCCGACCGUGCUGGUAUCGUGGACAUGGGAGCAGUGGAGCUCCUGCAGGAGAAUCUAAUCAAAGCGCUGCGCUCUCUCAUCACCAGUCGCCGCCCGGACGACAGCACCCUCUUCCCCAAGCUGCUGCUCCGUCUGCCAGACCUGCGCACGCUCAACAACCAGCACUCUGACAAGCUCCUGGCCUUCCGCAUCGACCCCUGAGCUCACACGGCCCCGCAGCCUACCGAGGUAUCUGCUUUGGGGGGGGGGGGGGGGGG